AUGUCCAAGUGCAGGUCCUUCACUGCCUCCCUGCGCUCGGUUUCUGACAACCCCGAUGCCGCAGGCGUGAGGUUUGCCGAGUCCGCCAGCCUCCCCUCCCCUCCCGCCGCCGCCGCCAGGGCCAUUGCCGCCCACACCAACAGCAUCACACUUGCCUGCGGGCCAGAGGUUCUGGACAUCAAGUUUGGCUUCCUGCUGCUGUCUGGCAUCUACACCACGGACCUGACCCUCGAUUGGCCCGUGCCAGGCGGCCAGCAGCAACAGCGGCAGCACCCCGCUGGCUCUGCGGCCACACCCCCGCCGCAAGUGCGCGGCCUGACCGCCAGCAACCUCUCGGUGGCUGUGGAGCCGGGAGCCGCCCCCGGGCAGCAGCGGCUGGUGCUGCGGCUGUGGGCCGAUCGCGAGGGACCCUUUGAGGAAAGGUUCGCCCUCGGCCUGCCGCCAGGUCAAGAGGUGGAGGUGUGCGUCACCGCCACCGUCUUGUCCCGCAAGAAGGGCACCCCCGGCCUGAAGCCGCACGUUCACCUGCUGGGUUUCAGCGCCGACACCGACACAGAGGCCGCCUCAGACUGGCAGGGCUUUGCCUAG